CAGGCCUAUCUUUAUAGGUAAUUGUUAAGAUACCUGACCCUGGAUCAGGGAUAAAGAACGAAGACCGUAAAUCUGUAAAGCACAACGGUUCUCCCUUGUGUAAUACCCACCUGCCGCACUUAUAUAGGUUCCCUAAAUACCUAACCUACCUUGCCUUAGGGUACCAUAUCACAGUUCCAUAACCGCCAGGUACCCGAUCCACUUUCAGUUGAAGUAUCAUGACCGCCAAAGACACCGGCUUGGCCACGUCUGGGGCCUCGGCAGUCCCUGUGUGUAAGACGCCCGCCGCCGACCCCGCUGUGAACAAGACGGCGCCCGUUGCCGAUGCCACUACCAUCGUCGACGGCGCCGCCGCCCCACCUCGCCUGUCCCACCCCCUCGGCCCCGUCACCCCGGGCGAGAUCACCCAGAGCGCCGCCUUGAUCCGCGCAUGCUGGCCCGAGGGCUCCGUGUGCCAGUUCCGGGCCAUCACCCUCUACGAGCCGGCCAAGGCCGAGCUCAUCCCUUAUCUCGCAGCCGAGAGGGCCGGGGAGAGUGUCCCAGCCAUCGACCGCCGCGUCUUUGUUGUCUACUAUGUUGGCUCUUCGGACGCCCUCCACGAGGCUGUGGUAAACCUGACCACCAGUGCUGUGGAGCGCAAUGUCAGGCUCGGGGAUUUCAACCACCCCAGCGCAAAUGGCGAAGAGAUCAUCGCCGUCGAGAAGGCCGCACUGGCACACCCCGACGUCCAGGCCGAGAUCGCAAAGCUUCAGCUCCCCGAGGGCACUCAGAUUGUAAUCGACCCCUGGAUCUACGGUUCGGAUGGUGUCAAGGACGGGAAAUUCUACGACGACAAGCGUGUGAUGCAGUGCUUCAUGUAUAUGCGGGACCCUCAGAACUCGUCUGAGCCUGACAGUUGCCACUACUCGUUUCCUCUACCCAUCUCACCCGUCAUUGACCCGGCGACGAUGAAGCUGGUGCGCAUCGAUAUCUUGCCUACCGGUCACGACGAAACGGUUAAACCCCUUGCUCCGUGGAAACCCGUUGCAGCCAACGAGUACAUACCCGAGGCUCAAGCCCUCCGCACUGACCUGAAGCCGCUCCAUGUCGACCAACCUGAGGGCGCCUCGUUCACCGUUGACAGCUUUUCGGACCUUGGACGUCUCAUUAAGUGGCAGAAAUGGGACUUCAAGGUAGGCUUCAACCAGCGGGAGGGCAUGGUACUAUACGACGUCCACUACAACAACAAGCCGCUUUUCUACCGAGUCAGUCUUUCCGACAUGUCGAUCCCCUAUGCCGACCCUCGGGCCCCGUUCCAUCGAAAGGCGGCCUUCGAUCUCGGCGAUGCAGGUGCCGGUAUCAUGGCCAACAAUCUCCAACUCGGCUGCGACUGCCUGGGCAGCAUCUACUACAUCGGCGGCGUGCUGAGUGACGCCGAAGGCAAGGCCAUGGAUAUGCCCAAUGUCAUUUGCGUCCACGAGCAAGACGCGGGAAUCUUGUGGAAGCACACGAAUUAUCGUACCAACCGUGCCGUCGUGGUCAGGAACCGAGAGCUUGUCGUGCAGACCAUCCUUACGGUGAGCAACUACGAGUACAUUUUGGCGUUCGUCUUCAACACUGCUGGUGACUUUACCUACGAGGCGCGGGCAACGGGAAUCCUUUCGACGCAGCCCGUCGAUCUCGAACUAUCCCAAGUGCCCCAUCCCUUUGGCACUGUCGUACACCCAGGCGUUUUGGCUGUAUAUCACCAGCACCUGUUCUCUCUGCGCAUCGAUCCCAUGGUGGCAGGACACGGCAACACCAUCAUGUACGACGAGGCCGAGGCAAUCCCGCGCGACCCCAAGCUCAACCCGUUCGGGGUGGGAUACAUGGUACGGAAGACGGAGAUCGACACAACUGGCGGGUACGAUCUCGAGCCUGCUAAGAACCGCGUCUUCAAGAUCAUCAACCCGGCCGUGCACAACACGGUCAACGGUGCUGCCGUAGGCUAUAAGGUCAUGGCGCCGCCGAUGCAGCCGAUUCUGGCCGAUGUCGACAGCUUCCACAACAAGCGGGCCGAGUUUGGCGACCACAGCAUCUACGCUACUCGCUACGCGGAUGACGAACUGUACUCUGGUGGCCUGUACACCAACCAGAGCCGGGGCGGCACCGGCGUGCGCAGCUGGGCCGACCGCAAGGAGAGCCUCAAAGGCGGGGACCCGGUGCUCUGGGUUCAGUUCGGCAUAAACCAUAUACCCCGCGUCGAAGACUUUCCCGUCAUGCCGGCCGAAGUCCUCCGCGUCAUGUUGAGGCCUGUCAACUUCUUUGACAAGAACCCGGCCAUCGACGUGGCACCUAGCACACAGGGCGUGAAUUGCAGUGUCGCCCUGAAUGGGAGUGUGGAAUCCGAGCUGGGCGGAUUGAACCCGAACGCGGAAUCUAAAAAGACUGGUGACUGCUGCGGUGUAUCUAACCCUUGACUGUAGAAUGUCUAGGGAAUGAGCUUUGGUUGAUGGCUGCUGUAUCUUGUGGUACACAUUGCAUGGGACCGAGAAGGCAUGUACGGAGCAGAUUGCGGAGCAACUCCAGUAACAAAUGCCAUCCCAUGGGACCAGACGCAAAAACAACAAUACCCGUGGUACAACGGAUUCAGUGUGUAGUAGCGCGAUAACGGGUUUCCCAGCUGAUCAAAUAUCAAGCAAUAAGCUAAUUAGUAGAGAUGAUGUGAUGAUACUGCGUUGUAGGCGGCUGGUGAAGGUUCGUUUG